UAAAAUGUGCUUUAUUAAAUGUGCACAAACAGAAAAAUGAGUUGUUUCCAUGAGCUCGGAGGUACAUACACAUAACACAAGAUAGUAAACAUAAUAAUAAUAAAAAAACACAUAAUGGAAGAUAUAUAAAUAAAUGUGUUUACUUAAGUAUCCAAUAAUGUGUCGAUUUUCCUAUUCCAGGCAGUGUUAAAGACAACACCUUCCGUUAUCUGCUAUUAUUUGGCACAAAUAACCAAAUAGAUACCUUUAUACAUUAUGAUGUAUAGUUAGAAGCUGCCCAGAGGGGAGUAUGUUGCUGUCAGUGGGCAGCGAGGCCUCCUGCUCAUCCCCGCCCCCAACGCAAUGUUGACCAAAAACCAGCAUGAACAUUCACUCAACUUAUUAGCACACACACUAAACUAUAGCCUCUGACACCCAGCUUUAGUGCGCAAAAACUCCAACACGGCACCUACUGAACGGGAUAAAGAGUUGGACAAGGAGUAGAAGGGAUGUCAAAAAGUGAGACAGAGGAGAUGAUUGAAAUUGAGAUUGAUGGUAGGGAGAAACAGGAGUGUGUAGAGGAAGGGAUCGAGGAGCAAACCAUCACAGCAGCUGAACUGAUUACUCAAGACAUAGACAUCAAUGAGCCGAUCGGUAACCUGAAGAAGUUACUGGAGCCUCGUCUUCAGGUCCCGCUGGAUGGAUAUGACAUCUGUCUGCAGGAUAUCCUAUUGCAUCCUGAUCACAGCCUGUUCGAUCAAGGAGUGAAGACAGAUGGCACAGUACAGCUCAGUGUGCAGAUUGUCACGAAACAGGGUGAAGAGAAGUUGAAUAUUCUGGAGAUUGUGAAGCCAGUGGAGACUGUGGAGAUGGUGAUUGAUCCAGAUGCGGCUGCUGGCGAAGAAGCCCAUCUGGUGGAGGAUGGACAUGUGAUUGCGGUGGAGCAAGCCACCAUUCCUGAUGACACUUCAGAGCAGGUGACCCGCUGGGCCGCCGCAUUGGAAGGAUACCGCAAGGAGCAGGUUCGACUGAACAUUCCCUAUGACCCGGUGCAGUGGACAGCAGAUCAAGUGAUCCACUGGGCAGUUUGGGUUAUGAAAGAGUUUGGCAUUGAGGAAAUGGAGGUGGGUGGCAUUCACAUUCCCGGCCGUCAACUCUGUGGUUUCAGCCAGGAGGAGUUCCUCCAGAGAGUCCCCAGCGGAGAGAUCCUGUGGAGCCACCUGGAGCUUCUACGCAAGUAUGUACUUGCGAGUCAGGAUCAGGGUCAGGACGCAACAGUCACCAUUGAUCAACCUGUGCAGAUCAUUCCUGCCCCUGUGCAGCAGGCCACACCCACAGCCAUUAAGGUGAUGAAGCACAGCAAAACACCCCGAGCCCCCCGGAUCUCAGGAGAGGAGCGCAGCUCUCCUGGCAACCGCACAGGUAAUAAUGGUCAGAUUCAGCUGUGGCAGUUUCUCCUGGAGCUGCUGACAGAUAAGGACUCUCGCGACUGCAUUUCCUGGGUGGGAGAGGAGGGCGAGUUCAAACUCAAUCAGCCUGAGCUGGUAGCUCAGAAAUGGGGCCAGCGCAAGAACAAGCCCACCAUGAACUACGAGAAGCUGAGCAGAGCUCUCAGGUACUACUAUGACGGAGACAUGAUCAGCAAAGUGCAGGGCAAGCGCUUUGUCUACAAGUUUGUGUGUGACCUGAGGACUCUGAUUGGAUACAGCGCCGCAGAGCUCAACAGCCUGGUGACGGAGUGCGAACAGAAGAAACUGGCUCGGGUGCAGCUGCAUGGCCUCGGCCAGCCCGUCACCACAGUCACUCUGGCUGCAGCAGCUUUAGAGAAAGACAGUUGAGAAGGGAGUGAGUGGCUUGUUACUCCCAGCCAAUCAGGAGACAAGUUUAAGAUGGGAGGAAUCCGGGUUAAACAUUUGACUUUGGGCAGGGUGGGAAACAACGGGUUUGUAAGCAGAUGUGCGCUUUUGUUACGAGUCUGUAUGUAUGUCUGCGUGUCACUAAAAUGCUUAAGAGAGCGAGUGUAUGUGCGGAUGUGAGAGACAAAGUAUAGAUGAUCACGUAUGAGCUUUCAGUUUUUGUACGCUUGUUCUCUGACUGCAGGGUAGCAUCGGCUAUAUUUCCAUUGUAUAUACUCUAUGUUUUUGAUAGCCAUGUGGGCAGUGUAUUUUGAUAUUUUCCAUUUGUAAAGGAUCUUUUCUUUUUUAUUUUUGAGUGUCCAGUUCCCUCAAGGUGAGGUACUUUUUACUGUCCACCAGAGGGCAAUAAAGAGACAGCUGGUUUUUGAA